UGUCACCUUCACUCGACUGAAACACAUUUUCUCAUGUAAAUAACGUUAGCUAAUUAUUUUUACUGCUCUUCAAUUUUUCCUAAAACAUGAAUUUUCUUUAAUAAAAUUCCAAUUUUUCUGAACAAAAUCAGAAACAGAUUUUUGGCUUUCUUUUUAACAGAUUUUCUAUUGUUCAUAUUGUUUGAAAAAAGAUUUGGAUUGAGAUUCUUGAUUACACUUAAUCCCUAAUAUUUUAAAGUUUGAUAUUUUAUAAAUUAAAUAGAAAAAAUGGCAAACCAAUUCAAAUUUCCACACUUGAGCGGUUUAUGAGGAGAAAUAUAUAAAUGUUUGUAAGCGCAAAUCUUCUAUCUUCUACCUUUAUUAAUGUCAAACGUUAACCUCCGAUUUCCAAAAUGCCUCUUUAUGUUGAUCGCGGGGCUCCCAAGCUAUGGAGAAAAAUUUGCGCAGAAACAUCCAUAGAAGUCUCGCUGGUUGUUGAAAAUUGGAAGCCUCUUCUUGCUGGACUCAUAUUUCAGUACAUACAUGGGUUAGCUGCUCGUGGAAUUCAUUACUUACAUAGGCCAGGGCCAACACUUCAGGACAUUGGCUUUUUUCUUCUUCCAGAACUUGGUGAGGACAAAGCCUAUAUAAGUGAGACUCUGUUCACCUUCAUCUUUUGUUCUUUUGUGUUGUGGACUUUUCACCCUUUCAUUUUGCAGUACAAAAAAAUCUAUACAGCUCUAGUCUGGUGCAGGGUUCUUGCUUAUUUAGUGGCUUGUCAGAUUCUCCGGAUAGUUACAUUCUAUUCAACUCACCUUCCUGGUCCAAAUUAUCACUGCCAUCAGGGAUCAAAACUUGCCAGGCUUCCCCCUCCAGAGAGUGCAAUUGAAUUGCUUGUUAUCAACUUUUCUCGAGGGGUUAAUUAUGGCUGUGGUGAUUUGAUAUUUUCAUCGCACAUGAUAUUUACCAUAGUCUUUGUGCGCACAUAUCAAAAGUAUGGCACAAGGAGGUGCAUAAAGCAGUUUGCUUGGUUACUUGCUGUGAUUCAGAGCCUUCUUAUUUUAGCAUCACACAAACAUUACACGGUUGAUGUUGUUGUUGCAUGGUACACGGUAAAUUUGGUAGCUUUUUACAUUGACAAGAAAAUGCCAGAAUUGCCUGACCGAUCCACUGGACUCACAUCUCUGCCACCUCUACCUGUGAGUAGAGAAAAGGAUAGCAGGGGCAUGGAAGAACAUCACAAAUUGCUGAGUGGAGUUUCUGUUGAGAUUUCAAAUUGAGUAUGGAUCAUUAAUCAAAUUUCUCUGAUCUCAUACUGGUUUCACCUACAGUUGCUUCCCUUGUCACACUUUGAAAUAGUUAACGUGCCUGCAGAAUCAUCAAACACAUUGAUUGCAAGGUUAAGAACAUAGCUAGUGGUGAAUUGUACAUAAACAUCAGCAAAUGCUGAAGAUAGCUAUGCUGAUGUUACCACUUCAGUUCUGUGCCUAAACUUUCUGUCUGAACUAAUGCAUUUUCAGCUCAGUUACUGUGGUUGGUAUACCUCAUUUCCGUUGUUAUUUAAAAUCAAAUGAAGUGUUUUUAUAUGUCUCACUGUAUGCAACAUACAAUAUUUUUUUAAAAUUGAUACUGGGAGGUACAGGUUCCUAGAUACUGGGAGAACAUGUUACACAAGGGAGAAUAACAUCGGCCUUGGACAGCUUGUCAUGUCUGAAAACUGCUAAAUAUUUUGGUCCACAAAUAUUGAACUGAUGAGAGGAAAAGCUAUAAGAGGAAACAUGGUUAUGUUGAUAAUUUCGCGUCGGGAAGAGCAUGAGCUUAAAUUUUUUGAGAUUGAGGAUGCCUCAUAAUAGGCAACUGGGGCAGGCAUGAGCCAAUGAUUCAAUACAUUAAUGCUUCUUGUCUGUGUCCCACAAUACUGUCGACUUUACACUUGUUUCCCUAUAUUUGAUUAGAAGCUGAUAUGUAUUUUAACAUUGAAGACAGCAACAUCACAUGCACGCUUGUGUUUCUAUCCCCAUC